AUGCCGAAUGGCCGCAGUGGGCAAGACAAGGACAUAGAAAUGGCACCCCCAAAUCGAUCCAUCGGUCCCUGCGACGCUGUCAUCCAACUCGGACAGAAGUUCGUAUCCAAUUUGGAGAGCGUGGAUAUAAUUCAUGGGUGUCCAACCAUCGCAACGAUGCGGACUCAACAGCGCAUAGCGGAUGUCAUAGAGUGA